GGAUAUGGAAACGAGUAAUGAUUUUCAAGGAUUCUUGCUCUCGUUCAGUGGUGAACAUCCUCCUGGGUUCCAUUUCCAUUCCACCCACUAUGCCCACCAUUUCUCGCUCCUGUCCGUAAUUCCAAAUUAAGAAUUCAAGAUCCCAAGAGAUACCAUUUUUCUUUUGCUUUUUUUUUUUUGAUUCUCUUUCAGAUCUCGGUCACUUUCACGUGCAAAGUUCAACUCUUUAGGUACUUGUUUAGAUUAUUCCGAGAUUUCUUCUCACCAUCAUCCAAGGGCUACAGACGCAAACGAUUCCCCAUUAUCAUACGUUUUCUGCUUUCCAAAGUCAUCAAGAAUAUUACACUCAGAUUCAUUUUUUCUCCUUCACCUUCCUCCUCCUCCUUAUCCUUCAUCGGCAUCUGAGCUUUGCAGAAACUCAAAUCCAUCAUGGCAUCUCUCAGUUUGACCGGGACCCACAUCAAAACUGGGCGUUCGGCUUCUGGGUUCGGCUUACCUCGUCGUCCCACAACUCUGAUUCGUCCUAGCAGAGUUGGGUUUAAGGUUUAUGCUUCGGAGACUCAGACAGAACCAGAUCUUAGUGUUAACGUUAAUGGAUUACACUUGCCUAAUCCCUUUGUAAUUGGGUCGGGUCCACGAACCAAUUACACCGUCAUGAAAAGGGCCUUUGAUGAAGGAUGGGGGGCCGUGAUUGCUAAGACUGUGUCACUUGAUGCAGCAAAAGUCAUAAAUGUGACUCCUCGAUAUGCCCGACUACGGGCUGGUGCAAAUGGUUCUGCCAAAGGAGAGAUUAUUGGAUGGGAGAACAUAGAACUUAUCAGUGACCGUCCUCUUGAAACUAUGUUGAAAGAAUUUAAGCAGUUAAAAGAAGAGUACCCAGAUAGAAUUCUCAUUGCUUCAAUUAUGGAGGAGUACAAUAAAGCUGCCUGGCAGGAGCUUAUUGACCGGGUUGAGCAAACUGGAGUUGACGCAAUUGAAAUAAAUUUUUCCUGUCCUCACGGUAUGCCAGAACGCAAAAUGGGUGCAGCGGUUGGGCAAGAUUGUGCGCUUCUGGAAGAGGUUUGCGGAUGGAUAAAUGAGAAGGCUACAGUUCCUGUUUGGGCUAAAAUGACUCCUAACAUCACUGAUAUUGCACAGCCAGCAAGAGUUGCUCUUAGAUCAGGAUGCGAGGGAGUAUCUGCUAUAAAUACAAUCAUGAGCGUCAUGGGAAUCAAUCUCAAUACAUUACACCCUGAGCCUUGUGUUGAGGGAUAUUCAACUCCUGGGGGUUAUUCUGCAAAGGCAGUUCAUCCCAUUGCACUUGGGAAGGUGAUGAACAUCGCAAAAAUGAUGAAGUCUGAGUUUGACAGUGAUUACUACUCACUGUCUGGCAUAGGUGGUGUUGAGACUGGUGGUGAUGCUGCUGAAUUUAUUCUUCUAGGGGCAAAUACUGUUCAGGUAUGCACUGGGGUCAUGAUGCAUGGCUAUGGCCUUGUGAAGAAACUAUGUGCGGAGCUUAAAGACUUCAUGAGAAAGCAUAAUUUCACAUCAAUAGAGGAUUUCAGAGGGGUGUCUCUCCAGUAUUUCACUACUCACACUGACUUGGUAAGGAGGCAACAAGAAGCAAUUCGACAGAGGAAAGCCAUAAAGAAAGGUUUGCAAUCUGAUAAAGACUGGACAGGAGAUGGUUUUGUGGAAGAGACUGAAAGUAUGGUUUCCAACUGAACAAUGUAACCAAACAAAUUAUAAGCGUCUUCUUCCUGUAUGGUUUAGAAAUAAAUAACGAGGCAUUGCAGGAAACUCUCUUUCUGAGUACUGUGUGAAUAUCUGUGUACUUUUAUCUGAACUAUAAUUUUACAGAAGUUCAAAGAAGACAAUCAAAUACCUUCAUGACAUUUUCUUUUA